UUUACGUACAACUGUUAGUCGAUACGGUCGCGUCUCUUGCAAGGAACAAUGUUAACUUUAGUAUUAUUCGCUGUAGCAAUCAGUUUGUUGUCAUUGAUUUACUACUGGGCGUAUGAAAAACAAAACUAUUGGAAAGUGCGUAGCAUACCGCACAUCAGGUCACCACUUUUGUUGGGACAUUUCUACAAAACUGUCCUACUGAAAGAGAGCAACAUAAGUGCGUUGAGUUAUUUAUACAACCAUCCAGAUGCUAAUGGCAAACCAUUCGUUGGCAUCAAUGUUUUCCAUAAGCCGACAGUUCUGGUUCGCGAUCCAGACCUGAUCAAACGGAUUUUAAUCACAGAUUUCCAACAUUUUCCGAAUCAUCAUACCGGCGCUGAUCCAGUACACGAUCCGAUUGGCGGUCAAAAUUUAUUUCAAAUAAAAACUCCGCAUUGGAGGGAGCUGCGCGUUAAACUAUCACCGACAUUUUCGAGUGGGAAGAUGAAGCAAAUGUUCUACAUGGUGGAGAAUGUUGGAAAUAUCCUCGGCGAGACCGUUGAUGAAUUGGUGAAAGGCUGUACACCUGAUGUAGAGAUGCGUUCUUUAUUUGCAAGAUUUACUAUCGAUUCCAUAUCGAUUGUCGCUUUUGGAACGGAGUCCGGUUGUCUGAAAAACCCGCAAACAUCUGAGUUCUUCCGAAUGGCACAGAUUUCAUUUCAAAAUCGAUACGUGGAUAAAGUGGCGGGCCAGCUACUAUUUUUCUUGUCCAAUUUCAUCAAAGUCUUGAGAGUGAAGACGUUCCAUCCGGUGUUCGAAGCAUUUUUACGACGUUUGUACGAUGAAGUGAUGAUCGACAGAAUGAAAAGUGGUGAAACUCGAAACGAUUUGAUUGAUACAUUGAUUGCGCUGAAACAGGCCAAAGUUGGCAAAGGAGAACUGGUAAUGUCCAAUGACAUUCUUGUUGCACAAGCGGCUGUUUUCUUAGUUGCCGGUUUCGAGACCUCGUCGUCGACGCUCGAAUUUUUCUUUUACUUAAUCGCAAAACAUCCAAACAUUCAAACUAAAAUUCGUCAAGAGAUACUCGAAGCUUUGGCGAAGCAUGGAAAGAUGAAUUAUGAACUGAUUGCGAGUGACUUGCCUUAUUUAACUGCAGCUCUGAAAGAAACGUUAAGGCUGUAUCCAAUUCUACCAUUCCUUGACAGAGAGUGCGAUGCUAUGGAGGGCUAUUCGAUGGAACCGUACAGUUCAUUUAAAAUUCCACGAGGAAUGCCAGUCUAUAUACCAAUUUAUAGUUUACAACGAGAUCCGGAGUACUUCCCAGACCCCGACCAUUUCAUUCCAGAACGAUUUUAUUCAAAUAAUGGAACAACAAAUGAAUUUCUGUGGUUACCGUUCUCUAAUGGACCAAGGAAUUGUAUCGGUGAACGUUUCGCGAUGAUGCAAAUGAAGAUCGCUAUUGUGAGUCUCUUAAAAUCGUUUUCCGUUGAACUCACAAAGGGUUCACCGAAAAACAUUGAGCUCGACAAAGAGGGAGCUUUCCUACAUUCUAAGCAACCGAUAACGCUGAAAUUCGUUGCUGCUUCGUAAUUCGUUGGCAGCCGUUUAACGAUCGAAAAAGAUUUGAAAACUCUAUUUGCGCUUGUAAUUUUCUAAUCGGAAUUGAUUUUUCAUCUACUAAUAAAGGACUGGUCUCUUAUACAUCUUACUCGCUGCUCAUGAUCAAAACACUGUGGUAAACUCAAAAGGAGAUACAUCUGAAGCAGCUAAAGCUGCUUAACCAUCCUCCUAGGUUUCCUUCAUGGGACAGAUAAAUUGCUUUUGAAAACAUUUAUACAGACUACAGGAUAUUCUUGUACUACUGACUCAGUGCAAAAACUUCAGUCUGUAUAAUCUGCUGGAAUCAAAGAUUGCGUUUGAACAUUUAUUCAAAAUUAAUCCUCCUAAUCUAUAUGUAAUCUAUAAUUUUUGUAUAUGAUCUUUAAUAAUUUUACAUAAUGACAAAUUUAUUCUAUCAUCCCGACGACGAUCAUCUCGGUAGGUGAAUUAUUUGUAUUAGAAUGAGCAAUUAUACCCUCUCCAUAAUUUACGCCUCUAACGACUUUUCACAUCAUGACUCCGCUGAACAUUCAAAAUAAUACGAAAAUGGACAAACAAUCACGAAGAUUUUAACUCUUUCUUCGAAAGAAGUUUUACAAUAAUAGCCGAAGCGCAUCGGUACUACCUUGGAUUAGCCUAUUUAAAUUUUCAAUGAAUAACGGGAAACGUUUAUUUGAUAAUCAUUUAUUUAAGAUCCGUUCGAAAGUCGCAAAAGAUUUUAAAGGCGUAAAAUAAAAUAAAAUCGGUGAAACCGUUUCACUGUAACAAUUUGUAAAAGGAUGAAUUCACAUUAACCAAAGAAAAUGUUUCACUUUGCCAUUUCUUAAAAGUAUAAAAUAGAUAGCGCAAAAAACAAUCAUAAUGGUCACAACAAUCCCACGACAUCGAUCACAUCGAUGUUCAGCAAAUUACCGAAAAAUUUGAUAUUUUUUACAUAUGAAAGUUUGCAAUGUUCGAAAAAUGUAAAUAGUGCGUACAACAGUUGUUACUGCAAUUUAAAUUUAUUUAUUCAGUGACAAAAUAAAACAAUCAGUUUCCCUUGGCAUGUGAAGUUAUGAACAUGAACUUUUAAAAAUUUUAGCGCUCACAAAAAGCGUACCAUUUUUGACACCUUUUGAUCUAGUACGUUUAGCACUACCAUUUUGACGUACAUUAUAUCAAUCAGAUUGUUGAUGUUUACAAACCACAAAAUGGUUCUUUGAUGCAAUUGGAGUUUUGUAAAAGUUGAAUCGAAACUCAAAUAUUUUAAUAUGAAAUGUUUAGUGUUUGAUGACCAAAUGUUGUACAGUCGAUAGGCCUUAUCUUUUCGCAGGUAAUUUAAUUCAUAAACACGCACUGAUCCAAAUUUUUAUUUUCGAAAAAUUGUUUUAGGAAAAUGAUCCAGCAUCAACCGCUUACAUUAGAUUAGAUUAUUGCCGGUCCGAGCUUAAGAAAACAGAUUCUUUUUCUUCGACUCGAUGCGUUAUAUUGUCUACGUAAACACGAAAUUCAAGCGAUACAAAGACCUCAACUUUAAAAUGACAUUUUGAAACCGCACCUUGAGGCUCUUGGAACAUCGAGUGACCAAAAAUCUCAAAUCGGUCCACUGACCUCGGACAUAAAAAUUUUGUUCUAGGACCCCCC